AUGGGUGGAGACCUAGAUUCGAUCAAUUCGCCGGUUUUUCCGGCAGAAAAGGAUCUAGAUAUUCCGGAAAACGCUCAUCCGUUGACCCAAACAACCACCAUCCAGGUUUAUGUCCAGCUGGCUGAGCCAGCAGUGUUUUUGCAAGGGUUUGAAAAUCACCAGUGGGAAGAAAGACCGCCGGGUUUGCUACGUGGGUCUUUGAUUCUCAGAGUGCUCAAACCCAGUAAAAUCAAGUCCAUAGACCUCACAUUCCGCGGAGUCUCCAAAACCGAGUGGCCAGAAGGCAUUCCGCCCAAAAGACAAGAAUUUCUGGAGUCUCUGGACAUCGUGAACCAUACGUGGCCCUUCUUCCAGCUGGAAAAUAAUCAUGUGCUCAACAGCAGCUCAACGGACCCGGACCAUUUGCUAAAGGGCAGCUGGGCUUCUGUGUACCGUCCGUUGAAGAAGAAACACGACAGUGUGAGUGCCAUAAAUCUCAACGCUACCACUAGUCCUAGUUCUCCCAAGGCACAGGGUUCCAAUUUCCUGCCCAUCACCGGAAUGUUGCGCAAAGUCACCUCUCCGGACGGUCAUAGCAGCCGGCAGCGAGCACGAUCGAGCGCUAACGCGCUAUCUGACCUACUGGGAGCUCCCCAGUCCAACAAUAGCGACAGCGGUUCUAUUUUUUCCAAAUCUUCUUCGCCAGGGACUGAACCUUUCAUAUUUCAGCCUGGCGAAUACGUUUACGGAUUUGAGCAAACCAUACCGCUUUCAUGUCCAGAAAGUAUAAUUGCCUCUUUUGGGUCUGUGGAAUAUUCUUUAAUGGCGUCUAUUGAACGAUCAGGUGCCUUCAAGUCAAAUAUUCAUGCAAGGAUGCCUCUCGAAGUUAUCAGAUCGCCAUCCGAUUCUUCCGUUGAGGAAACAGAGCCAAUAGCGAUUUCUCGCGAUUGGGAAGAUCAGCUCCAUUACGAUAUCGUCAUUGCCUCAAAGGAUAUUGUACUAGACGCAUUUCUACCUAUUGCUUUCAACAUCACACCUUUGGAUAAAGUCACGCUUCACAGAGUAAGAAUCUACCUUACAGAGACAAUGGAAUACUACUGCAAGAACAAGAAGGUUCACCGAUUGGAGCCAACCAAGAAAUUUUUGCUUGCUGAGCACAAAGCACCACCGCUCGAAAACUUACCAACAGGAGCUAGCGCAGUAAAGGCGAAAAAUCUGGGGAACAUGCUAUUGGAUGAAUACGGGGACUUAGUAUCACGGGAAUUUGAGUAUCAAGUGUUUAUUCCUGAGAGAUUAAAUGUACAACAGAAAAUCCAUCCUGAUACAUCGUACCAAAACAUAAAGGCCAACCAUUGGAUCAAAAUUUGCCUGCGACUCUCUCGUUUAGUUGAUGGCAAGCGUAAGCACUAUGAGAUCAGCAUUGAUUCUCCAAUUCACGUUCUGAACAAAUUAUGUUCUCACGCCAACACUUUACUCCCCAGUUAUGAUACUCACGUCUUAAUACCUGGCACUGACUGCUCCAAAUUUGGGGACCUUAAUGUAAAUGUCUACCAUGUCUCAAAUCUUUAUUUUCCAAAGGAAGUGUUGAAUUCACCAAUAUUGUCCCCAGAAGUCCAACCCUUAGAAGAACGUGGAGCAUUUUCACCGCGCUCACUUACUCCUGUCAGACAUGGAAGCUCAGGUUUCAGUCUUCACCAAAAAAAAAGCGAUGAACAUCAAAAAACUGUUGACGAUUUUCUUUUAAAUUCUCCAGAGCUAAAGUCUAAUGUGUAUCAGCCCGGAAAUUUGAAGCCUGAACUUCUCUCUCCGCAGGCGAUUCCACUUUCACCAAUAACCUCUCCUCUUACAAGACCGAUCCACAUGCUUCGGAAUCCUAGUUUUGAACCACCCGCCUUUGACGCUAAUCUCCCGCCCCCUCCUCAGUUCAGUCACAAGGACCCUUACUCUGACGCCCCCAUGGACCCACCAACUUAUGACGAAUCUUUGAAAGCAAAGACUCGUCGAACAAAGGCGUCGAAGCCCACAUUUACCAUUACUGGCGCCGAUGGACAUAGAGUGGAAGACGAGAGAGCGAACCAUGGGGAGAACAGAAGUUCUGAAAAGUUAGAUGGCGACAUCGCCGCAUCUUUUUCAUUUAGUGGAGUGCCUCCGGGGUCGCCAGAGCUUCCUAAUGCAGUUUGGAAAUCCCAGCCUCCCAAGGUGAAACCUUCGAGCUUCGUACUGAGCGCUAGUAGGCGAGGCAGUAUUCAAGACGCUUUACCUUCUACUGUAAAGAACUCUAGCGAGUCAUUUAACGAUAUGAGUAAUAUAUUCAGUCCGUCGCAGAAAAUUGAAGACAACAAUCCAUCUAGAAGCCAGUCGUCUUCAGUGGCUGCGUCUCCCAGAUCUUCUGUGGACACUGCCAGGGGGUACGUUUCUCAGGAAGGAACGUCAAAUAAUAUGGCCCCAUUGCUGAAUUACCAAACAAAUCAAACUAUGGACACUUUAUUACAGUCCAAAGAGUCUGUCACUGGUUUGGAGGACACAUCAACCGAGGCUUCAGUGGAUAUCACCGCUUUAUAUGAUAGAAAUUCGAAUAGCUGGCACCCACUUCAAAAUGAUGUACCUGGCUCACCAGAUACCUCCCGAGAAUACAACUUAGGAUUUGUCGAAGGGAAUAACGUUUUUGAAGAUUUUAGGUCUGCUUUCAAAAUUCCUGCUGGAUCGGGGAAGUUGAAAUCGACUCACAAACAGUUGCAGGAAAUAGCCAGUACUAGUUUCAACAAUGGAUCUGAUACGAGUCCAGGGACUUCUACAAUGAGCAGCUCCGAUAAAACUAGGAAUACUGACCCUCCCUUCACGUAA